CGCUGUGCUCUCAGGUCUCUUAUGUGCAUGCUAUUAGUAUUUUCAGUUUUUCACUGAAACGCAGUGUGUGUGUUGUUUGAAGCGGUUAACACUCAAAGCUCAGGAUCACAUUUGAUGUGCAUGCAUAUAUUCCCAAGUUCAAGAACUUUGUAUAAUUGAGAAAUGGGGUUUGAGGAUUCAGAUGGAGAUAGAGUGGGUAGGGAGGAUGCUGAACAAUUACAGUUAAUGUUAUUGAAUACCAGUAUGGGAACAUGUAGCAACAAUACCUAUGAUAGCAAGAAGAGACAGCUAGAACAGGAUAAGUUUGAUUACUUGCACCCUUCGGUUAAGAGGUCGAAACUCUCAGAUUCAGAUACAUCAUCAAUGAACAAUGAAGAUUCCGGAAAAAGUAAUGUUGAGGACUAUGAUGGCGGUGAUGUUACUCCUGUUUCCCAGGUAAUGGAGGAUCCGGUCAAGUUAGUUCAGGAGUCUACCAAUGCUGAACAGGAUUUGGUAGAGAAGGAACAUGAAUUGGUUCUAUAUCCUAUUGAAGAAUGCCAAAUGAAGAGACAAGUUGAAGAGAAGAGAUUGUUCUCCUUCAAGAGAGAUAUUGAGGAGCUAUCGGACGAGCUUCAAAAUAAGAGGAAACUAGUUAAUUCUAUUCAAGGACAACUUAAUUCAUAUUCCUUGGAUCUUGACGUGAAGAAGAGAGAAUAUGUAGCAAUCCUAAGACGCAUUAAAAGGUGCAAUAACGACUUUAGAAGAAAAGAAAAGCAGCUCAAGUCCAUGCAGAAGCUGAUUAUUGAAUGUAAUAGGCAUUUGAGGUCAAAGGAGAAACAAUGUAUCAGGGAAGUUGAAAUGACAUUGAAAGUUAUCAGCGAGCGGAAUGAUGUUCACAAGAAAAUGCAAAGGGAAAUUAAAGAACGCGAUGAUGCAAUACUUGAAAAGGAAGCACAGUUUAGUUUGAUGGAGAGCAUGAUUGAGAACUGUGAGAAGGAGCUCACGGCAGAACAGGUAGCAUCGAAUCAAAUUAAAAGGAGAGCAUAUGGAGCCACCAAAAGAUGCACUGAAAUAUGCAACAAAGAGUUUGAAGCAAAGGGAGAGCAGCUCAAGUCCAUCCAGAAGCUGAUCAUCGAAUGCGAGAAGCAUUUGAGAUUAAAGGAGAAACAAUAUACUACAGAAGUUAAAAUGGCACAGGAGGUGAUCAGUAAACGCGAUAAAGUUCACAAAAAAAUGCAGAAGGAAAUUGAAGAAUACGAUGAUCAAAUUUUUGAAAAGGAAGCACAAAUAAGUUUGAUAGAGGACGUGAUUAAAGAGUGCAAAAAUGAGCUCAUGACUGAACAGACAGAAUUUCAUCAAGCACUGGACAACAUGAUUGAAAACCGUGAAAGGAAGGAAGAGGAACUCACGGCUCUUUUGAAUAAAAUUUCUGAGCAUAAUAAGGAACUUAUGAACAAAGAGGAAGAGCUUGGUGCAAUGCGGAAAUUAAUUGUUGAACAAGCUAAGGUACUGCACUUAGAAAGGGAGAAGUUGCAUGAGAUAAUGCCUUCAAAAACAAAUCAGGAUGCUCUGGUAAAGGAGAUUGGGUCAAUGAAGAAGAAACAUGAAGGACAUAUCAAGGAGCUUGAGUCUAAAGUAAAGCUAUUUAUAGCACAAUUGGAGGAGUUUGAGUCGAAGGAGAAGUACAUUGAUGGACGAGAAAAGGAGCUUCUAUUAAAAGAGAGGCAAUAUGAAGAACAAGUAGAGAAACUCAAUUCAAAAGAGAAGCAAAUUGAAGGGCGAGUAAAGGAGCUUGAAUCAAGGGAGAGAGAGUUUGAAGGUCAAGUGGAGGUGCUUGAAUCAAAGAAGAAGCAUUUUGAAGGUAAAUUGAAGGAACUUCUUGCGAAAGAGGUGCAAUCUGAAGGCCAAGUAAUGGAGCUCAAUUCAAAAGAGAAGCAAUAUGAAGGCCUGAUGGAGGAGCUCAAGUCAAAAGGGAUUGAACUUGAGGUACAAGCAAAAGAUCUCGAGACAAAAUGGAAGCAGUUUGAAGAGCAACUGAAUGAGCUCAAGUUGAAGCAGAAAGAGGUCGAAGAUAAAGCAAGAGAUCUUGAGUCAAAGAAGAAUCAUUUUGAAGGAAUCUAUAAGGAAUUUAAGUUGAAAAAAUCACAAUAUGAAGCAUUGAAAAAAUCAUCUCCCACUAGAAAGAAGAAAAAAUCAAUCCAAGAAGAAAAACUACAGGAUACUCAAUCAAGUCCUACUAUUGAUGGAAGAACUUUGGAGCUUUUGGUAGAUGAGCCAACAAAUCCUGGCAAUGACAUUUUAGUUCAUCUUCAGUCCUCAUCAGAUCCAGCAAAGCUCAUUUUAGAUAUAAUUAAGGAUCCAAUAGUUUCCCAUUGUAAAAAUGGAGUCAAAGUUGUUACUAUUGAUGAUAGCCAUGUUUUUCUGCUUGAACAGCUGAUGAGAAUCUCACCACAUAUUAAACCUCAUGUUAGAGAAGAGGCAAUGGAGCUUGCACUUGAUCUGAAAGCUAACAUGACAGCAAGUGCAGAAAAUUCUUUGGUGGUUCUGGGUUUCCUGAUGUUUUUGUCAAUUUAUGGAUUAGCUGCUUCUUUUGAUGAACAUGAAGUAUUAAAGCUUCUCAAAAUCGCUGCACAGCACAAGCAAUCCAUAGAGCUGUUUCAGAUUCUUGGUUUUGCCGAUAAAAUCUCUGAACAACCAGCCUCAGCCAAUUGAUCUCUUGCAAGAACAUGGGAACAUGACAAAGUUGAUAUUUUUUAGAGCUCUUGCAAGCAAUCCAACUCAUUGAAGUUAAAGGUGCUUUUUCUUUCUAAGUUCAAUCUGAUUUAAUAUUGUUUCAUAAUGCAUGCUAGUUAAACAUGAACUCAGGUUAAGGCUAGACUUGAAUAAAUGGUUCAUCUAGGGGCUGUUCUACAGUGCACAGAGACAACCACCUAGUCCUGAAAUGUUGGGAUCUGUUUAAUAUUUAGGUUUGCUUUCUUGAUCUAGAAACGCACUUGGCAGUUAUUUUUGUUACUGAUAUCAUGACCUUCCUCCAGAAGCAUUUGGAUCUGAGGGAAAAAAACAUUUGUAGUUAAAAUGUGCUGAUUGAAACAAGUUGAUAUACAUAUUUAAUCUGAGAUAAA